AGCAGUAACAAAGACUUGUAGAAGCAGAGUGCACAGGAGCCACAUCGGACGUUACCAUGCAACGUGAAACAGGUUGCAAGACAAGAAAGUAUUAGGUUUCUUCAAAAAGAAAGCCUCUGAGCGGUUUGAAUAGAAAAUUCCGUGGAAAUAUGAUCCAGACAGAAGGAGUUGGAAAGUGAUUACAGCCAGCUUCUCAGUUGGGUGACUGGAAAUUAAGUUUUAGAGUGAUGUUUUGCCGUGUGACAGUUCUGAAUUAUAUACUUAUGGGAGCUCAUUAUCAGAAAGAAAUGAAGAUUUCUAGCAGAUAAUCCUGGUCGCAAUGAAGCUGAGCUGUAAUUGCCUUUUCCCUUCAAACUCAAACUGUAAAAAGCUCUGAAGUGUUAUCUGCCUAAACGCUGUUCAUGUGGUACACAGGUAGCAGUUCAACAGGAACUUGAUUUUCCUUGCACAAAAAUGGCCUAUCUGCGAAGUUCUUCCAAUGGCGAGGAGACGGCAGUACCUCACACAAGGAUAGAGGAUGAAUCUGAUAUCAAGCUACUCUACGAGUUUGAACAAGAUCUGGGAAAAGGCAGCUUUGGCAUUGUUAUCCAAGCCACACACAUUCCCACAGACUCCAAGCGGGCCAUCAAAAUACUGAACAAAGAAAAGGCUGGAAGCUAUGCUGUAAAAAUGUUGGAGAGGGAGAUUGCCAUCUUGAAGAUGGUGAACCAUGAACACAUCAUUAAACUGGAAGAAGUUUAUGAAACGACAAAGAAAGUAUACCUGGUCAUUGAAUUCUGCAAACUUGGAGAGUUGAAGGGAAUUCUCGCAGAGAAAGGCCAUCUGAAUGAAUCCGAAACCAAGCAUAUUAUCUCGAGCUUGGCAAGUGCAAUCUUUUACCUCCACAAAAAUGAUAUUAUUCACAGGGAUCUAAAGCUGGAAAAUAUCCUGGUGAAAAGUAAUGAUAAUGCAGAUGAAGAAAAUCUGAAACUUAACAUCAAAGUGACAGAUUUCGGCUUGUCCGUGUUGAAAGAUGGCGCUGGAGUUGGCUGUGAAUCAAUGUUACAGGACACCUGUGGCACACCUUUAUACAUGGCCCCAGAAAUCAUUAAUAACUAUGACUACAGUCAGCAGUGUGAUCUCUGGAGCAUUGGCAUCAUCAUGUACACCCUGCUGUGUGGUCAGGCUCCUUUUACAGCUACAACAUCAGAAGAGCUGUAUCAGGAAAUCAAGAAAGGGGAGCUGGAUUUUUCUCACUCGUCUCUGAUGUCACUUAGUGAGAGUGGACACUGUGUGUUAAAAGGCCUACUGAUAGUGGAUCCAGCCCACAGAAUGACAGCUAGUGAACUGCUAAAUCACCAUUGGAUAACAGGAGAUGUCAGUAAUAAAGAAAGACCCAAAAAUGUCUUGGAAAUGAUGAAACAAUGGAAGCUGGACACAAACAGCCAGGGUGAGGAAACAAUUGAAAAGAAUGGAGCGGAUGAGGAUGACAACUUAGCUUGUCCAGCCACAAAUUCCAAGGCCAGUACGAAUUCUGAUAAACUUACAACAAAGUCAACAGGCCCAAGGCAGAAGCGUUAUUCCGUCGACAGCUUGCCACUGCACACUGCUUCAGGAUCUAAACAGGCUCCACAGCCAAAUAGGAAAGGACGGAGGAAGUCUGAAUCUGCAGCAAAUUCAAGAAUAUUGAAUAAAGUAAACACCCAUCAUACUUCGCUGAAACGUUAACCUUUUACGAAGGAAGUGUAUUACCUCGCCACAGGGUGUCAGAGUUAAAUCUAUUGUUAAAUGAAAUUUUGAACUGUUCAGCAUCAAUUUUCAACACUCAUCAUUGUUAAAUUAUUUACCUCGAGUAUAAUUCUACAAUAAAGCUUUUCACCUCUGGAACUUGCCAACUUUUCCUGCCAGAUGGGAGAGAGCAAACUGGGUCCUAUCCCUUUAAAAAAUGCAGUCUUGUGAUGAAAUUCUGUACGAGUUACACCUAUGAUUUCCUUGAAAAGAAACUGCUUAAUCUGAUACUAAUCCCAAAUCUUCUGUUUGAAAACCGACCAAAUUUUUACUCACAAACGAUAAAAAAACCCCCACAAUUAUGGAAAUCUGAGAUUUUGAAAGAGUUCAAAUCUUAAACAGUGACUGACAAUUCUGCUGAGUUUUCUAGCUUUUGUUUCAAAUUAGCUAUUGGAGAGGGGGGCCUUUAAAAACCUUCCCACCUCCUGUGUCUUCUGCUCAGCCUAUGACAUCUCAGCAUGGUUUUGUUCUGGCACGGCUCUGUCUCCAGUCUCUAUAAUUGGCUGACUCGCUAUUGAUCUCACCAGCUGCCAGCUUAUCCCUGCUCUCUAAAAUCUGUGCAACUUUUCCAUGUGCAGGCCCUACCUGAGACACAGCACGAGGCCUCUGUUCAACCCAGAGAAUA